CGCGACUCGGAGCAACUGGAAGCAGCCGCUCUCGUUCGCCGCAGUCUGCAAUCAAUCCUCCUUCGCGCCCUGCUUCAGCCGAUGAUGAUGGCCCUCUGGAGGGACCCGAAGGCGGCCUCUGCCACCGGCGACGGGAACCAGUCACCCUCUUCGGCCGUCGAGGAUUUGCUCAAGAAGCCUGAGCCUGGACCCGAGGAGACGAACCAGGCAAAGAGGCGACGCUCGGCGAGCCGAUCGCGCCACCGUCGCGGCCGUCAGUUCAGCGAGAGGCAGCACGAAGAACUGCUGCCAGACGCCGGUGGCGCGGACGUUACCACGAACGUCGAAAACGUGACCAUGCAGGUAACUGCAUGCCAACAAGACUCAUUCGAAAGAGUAUGCCCUUUAAAGUUCGCAUGUUCUUCCAAGAUGCAUUCGUGGCCUUUGCAGACGCAGAUGUGACACAGAAUUGGCGAAGUUUCUCUCGCACGAGAACUGCGUGUCGGCGCGCGGCCACCUUCGCUGAUAUUGGCUAGGACCAUGCAGAUCUUACGAAGAGCUGUAACGUAUGAGUGUGACCUCGGCAGCCUAGGUUGGCGGCAACAUGCGUAGACCAACCAAUCGAACGACCAUCUGCUACGCUCUUGUGGCGCAUUGCCUGUUUAUAUUCGUGUUAACGCAGCCUGCUACGUUAGGGCAAACAUGUUAAUGGACAACUAAGGAAAGAAAGAAAGAAAGAAAGAAAGAAAGAAAGAAAGAAAGAAAGACCAGGACAUGGGCUUUAGUUCGCAUAUUUGCCUCGGUGUGCGUGUUACAAUGGUUUACGCUCACAUCGCCUUACAGAGCAUGAGGACUACUGUCUUUGUGAAGUCAACUAUACUGAUGUGUGGAGAGGCCCAUUGCAUUUUUAUAGGUCUUUUCCAUAAGUUCUAUUGACUUAUUCGCAGGCCGCCAAGACCACCUCGCGACUGACGUCGAAUGAGGCGCUCUCGACAGCGCCGCCUCCGAUGCCGGAGAACGUCGAGCCGAUGCCGGCGUGCGGCCGCCUGCUGGGCGGGAUGCGGCGGCCCUGCUGCGUGGUGGUGUUCUUCUGCAGCUGCGCCUUCCUCCAGGGCCUCAUCACCAACGGCUGCGUCAACUCGAACCUGGCGACGCUCGAGAAGCGCUAUCAGCUGCGCAGCGUGGAGUCCGGACUCAUCGGGAGCCUGUACAGCGUCGCCUCGCUCAUGGUCCUCCUGCCGGUGACGUACUUCGGCAAGGACAAGAACAAGCCGCUGAUGAUGGCAUUCGGCACCUGCCUGAUGGGCGUCGGCUCGCUCACCAUGGCGCUGCCGUACUUCGUGGGGCCGCCGUACUCGUUCAGCCAGCCGAGGCCCGACACCUGCGAGCUGAUCACCGGCGUGGCCAACGACAGUGUCCCGGAGUGCGAUCCCGGCGCGGCAGAUCUGCGCCAGUACAAGUGGUUCUUCUGGAUCGGCAACUUCAUCAACGGCAUCGGCACGGCGCCCUACUUCACGCUGGGCAUCGCCUACUUGGACGAGAACUUCCGCCGAUCCGUGUCUUCCAAGUACAUUGCCGCUUUUCAAGCAAGUGCCGUAGUGGGACCGGCCACGGGAUUUGUCGUCAACGGGCACUUCUUGAAAUACUACGUCGACCAAGGCGUCAAUCCAGCGUUGCUGGGCCUGACACGCGACAGUACCGCAUGGAUCGGAGCCUGGUGGCUGUGCUUCCUCUACGCAGGGCUCCUGUGCUUUGCUGUCGCCUUGCCCGUUAGUUUUCUGCCGGCAGAGCUGCCAGACCACGCUGUCGUUAUGGCAGAAAAGAAGCUUGAAGAUCAAGACAAGCCCCUCAGCCAAACCGAAGGAAACCUACGGGAGACAGUGCUGGCUUUGCUCAGCAUAAAGCCCUUCGUCCUCGUUUGCUUUGCUGGGUCCGCAGAGCGUAAGUAUGCCUGAAUGGAAGGCCUGGCUUACAUAACAGCACGUGACAGUGUUUCUUGAUAUGUAGAGAUUUCUGGAACAUUCAUACUAAAAAAAAAAACGAACAAUUGACGCAGCGUAUUUUUCUGCUCUUAGCCAAUUUACUAUGAGAGUAGCAGGCUGUCAUAUAGAGGACACAAUUAUCGUCUGGAGAACAGCUUCUUUGCGAUACACACGACGUCGUCCCCGUCAGCUACAGUAUUAUUUGUUGUGGCUUCGGAAAUACGCGCACGGA